CAGCCAAAAACCCCCAAUUUUGGCCUCUCGAUUUAGUUUUUGAAACCCUAAGCUCGAUUUCGAAUCUUCCGGCGUACUCGAUUCGCCGGUCGAAUCUCUGCUUCUAGCGAUUAUUACUGUUUAAUCGGCGAAAAUGUCGAUGUCGAAGAGUUCAAAGAUGCUUCAGUUCAUCAACUACAGGAUGCGAGUGACGAUCCAAGACGGAAGACAGCUCGUUGGGAAGUUCAUGGCGUUUGACCGUCACAUGAACCUCGUUCUCGGCGAUUGCGAGGAGUUUCGUAAGCUUCCACCAGCGAAAGGGAAGAAGAUCAACGAGGAACGUGAAGAUCGCCGUACGCUAGGUUUGGUUUUGCUUAGAGGUGAAGAAGUUAUCUCAAUGACUGUUGAAGGACCACCUCCUCCUGAAGAAUCUCGUGCUAAAGCUGGCUCUGCAGCUGCUGUUGCUGGUCCAGGAAUUGGCCGUGCCGCUGGGCGUGGAGUUCCAACUGGUCCAUUAGUUCAAGCUCAGCCUGGGCUAUCUGGUCCUGUUCGUGGUGUUGGUGGACCAGCUCCGGGGAUGAUGCAGCCUCAGAUCUCUCGUCCGCCUCAGCUUUCAGCUCCUCCGAUUAUUCGACCUCCGGGACAGAUGUUGCCACCUCCUCCAGCUUUUGGUGGUCAAGGUCCUCCAAUGGGAAGAGGUCCUCCACCGCCUUACGGUAUGAGGCCACCGCCACAGCAGUUUUCUGGACCACCACCGCCUCAGUAUGGGCAGAGGCCAAUGAUUCCUCCUCCUGGUGGUAUGAUGAGAGGACCUCCUCCACCUCAUGGGAUGCAAGGACCGCCUCCGCCUCGCCCUGGAAUGCCUCCUCCUCCUGGUGGUUUUGCUCCACCGCGUCCUGGCAUGCCACCACCGCCUAAUCAACACAAUCAGCAGCAGUGAUUAGGUUAGCAGUGAAUGAAUAUGACUCUUGUCUCGGCUUUUUACUGUUUUUGUCGCUGUUUUCUUGAGAUUGUGAGAACGCUUAAGUUGUUUGAUUGAACUUCCUCAGGUUUACAGUAUCGUGCUAUCAUGUUACCUUUCAUUGACUUUAGCCGCAAUCUCUCAUCUAUCUUAGCUUGCAAAGUCUGUAGAUUUGUUGACGAGUGAGUGUCUUUGCCUUUAUCUUCUUGUGUUUCUGUUAAGAACGAAUCCAUUAAACUUUGUUAUGUCUU